UAUGUGACGUCACAUUGUUUAAACAUGGCUGCUUAACUGUUUUUAAUCUGUCAAACAUUUAAACUUUGUCGGUAAAUAGUUGUAUAGCUAUAAAAUAUAUGUUUAAUCCGCCAACGGGCGGAAAUUUCAUUUAAAAAAUGACGUCCAUGUUAUGUCGUAAGGAAUUCGGUGGCCAGGUUCGCGUCCACGAUGGAAGUCUUGUGGAAGAACUCACUGUUGAUGAUAACGAUCAGAUAAGAACAUUGAUGAAAUCCAAGAGAAGGUCAGCAAACAGAAGAAUAAACCGACCAAAUACAACCCCCAGUCCAGCCAGGAGUCUGUCAAGAAACAUGGACUCACAGAGCUUGAUUGGACAGACCAUGAAAGUUCAAGAUUGGCUCAAUGAGAAAACAGUGAAAACACUACAGUCAGCCGUAGCGUCUGCAAGUGGCACUAGUCAAUGUUCUAGUGCUAGUAAGAGGUCUGGCAUGCCAUUGACCGAACAAGAGAAAUCUGACCUUGAAUCGAAAGCAGCCCGACAACUGUACAGCCCUCUGCUGCAGACAGAGAACACCUUUGUGAAGGAUGUUGAAGAUUUCAUCAGUCAUAGAGAGCUGACAAAUCUCAGAAAGAAAGAAGUUCUCCACAAGAACUGGAACGAGCGGGUAUACAAACCCCUGCGGAAGAAAAUCAUAGAGGCAAUGGACAGCAAUGAUUGGCCGGAAGUUGACCGCCGGAAAAGAGAAUUGCAUCGGCAGUACCUGGAAUUCACUAAUGAAAAGGGUCAUGUGUUCCUGGAUACAAUGGACCCAGAGGAGUAUUACGCCAUGGCUCUGAAUGGGCACAGACCGGCACCUAUCAAGGAAACUAAGGGCAUCAAGAAAUCCCUGAAAACGAAGGAGUCAACUAUUUAUAAUCCAAGACCUAUUGAUAAACCCAGCCCCACUCAUGAAAGACCAGGUGACUUGUCCGACAGAAAGUGUGGUUCUAAAAUAAGUACUGCAAAAAUUGAAACCCGCCCCCUGCACGAUCCCUUGAUCUCCCAGAGUCGUCAGCGCAACGAAGAGGAUCGCACGAUACUCCGCUGCCUGACAGGGUACCGAUACUCAGACCAGGACAUUGAGCAGGUCAAGAUGCCCGCCAUGCCAUUGGUUCCUCUCGGUCGUCACGGUACCGACAGCAUACGCUGGCUGCAGAUGCCGCUCUCGAACAUAGAAAGUACACCCCGUAUGGCAAGCAGAAAACGGAUGAUAGGAAAAUUCAACAACACCGACAUCAAUUUCGAGCAAUGGUCCAGAACUCCCUACAAUCAUGAGGCAGUCGAUAAGGAGUUGCAAAUACAGAAAAAGAGACAAUAUUCAGAGGAUCAGAAACCCCCGUUCCGAUAUCCUUUGAUACGUCUGCCGCCGAAAUUGUACCCGCGUUACCCGCGUUCGGUCUCGUUUCAAGAUCCUCUCGUGCAAGAAAUACCAAUUAUGACAAUGGAGCCUUUGGACCAGUCUGUUCAACAUAUGAGCUUGGAUGCAGGUGGUGAAUAAAUGCUUGUGAUUAUUUUUUAUUUAUAUUUUACAAUUAAGAAUUAUGUAUGCUUUAUAUAGAUAUAUGUAAUUAUGAUUUUUACUGAAUAUAUUUUGUAAUUUAUUUAUACAUUUUUCUUUUGGUGCCUUUGAAAAAAAAAUAGCAGUAUAAUGUGAUGUCCCUCUAGUAUAUUUUGACAACCAUGAAGUUUAAACAAAUAGUUUUUAUUUUUUGACUGACAGUUUGGAAAACAUAAACUUUUUUUAAAAUCAAACAGAAAUUAUUCUUGUUUUUCUACUGUGUAUGGAGAGCAUUUUGCAUGUAAAUUGUGCCUGUUGUUGAUACUGUUGCUCAUAGAAGUAGUGCAUAUUAUUAAAUGCAUACACAUUUUUAUUUUUGAUAGACAAUUAAUGCUUCAAACCAAAGUUUCUACCUGAGUGCCUUAGUAGCUUAGCUUUGUUGACUGAUGAAGUAUAGUACAUGAUAGAUUUAAUUCCAGACUAUUUAGAUAGUUUGAAAACUGGCAUUCGCAAAGCCAAAAUCAAAUGUAAUGAUGACAUUAAAUUAUCAAUUUAUUGUUAAUUAAUAUAUUGGAAUAAUUUUUAUUACACCAGCAUAUUUGUGUAUUUCUUUAAAAUUUGUAUUAGUGUUAUUGCCACUAAAUUUAAAACAGAUUUGAUUCGGAACCUCUUCAUCGGAAUGCAUUGAUUAUAUUUGCCUUUUUAUAAAUUUUACAACUACAUGAAUUGCUGGGACAAAUCAAAUAAUUCUUAUGUUCUUUGCACUUUAAUGUGAAUUGUUUACUGAUUUGUUAUUGUUACUUGUUCCAUUGUUAAGGUUCUUUCAAAACCAAAAAAGUCCAGUAGUUUUAAUAUAUACAAAAUGUCAUAGGGCAUAAUAUCACUAGAUAUUAUAACCAAUUUGUGAUAACUUUGAUAGUGAGUUAAGAAAUAUUUAAAGCAAAACCAAUCAAUUAUCUGUCAAAUUGAAACUUCAGCAUUUGUAUUAAAUCAGGUCACAUAAUUUUAAGUCUCAGAAAUUGAAAAUGUUACUAUAAAUGCUAUUGAUGACUCUAACCUUUUGUGUUGUUUUUAUAAAAAUGUGAUAAGUUAAAGUUAAAUGAGCUACUGCGGUGCAACUGCCAUCAGCUGUUCUAAUAAUUUGAUUGUUUUUGUUAUUAUUUCCACUUUUUGUUGUGUUUUGUCAGCACCAGUAUUUGCUAGUCAUGUUGGAGGAAAUAUUUGUCUCCCAUCUUUAUGUGAUCAUUUAAAACAUUCAGCAAUCACUCGACCAUUUAGCAUAUACGACAACUGAUACAGUUUGACCAUAUAAAGAAAAGAAACAUGAAUUUGAUAACCUUAUUAAGAUUGGUCUUUAUAUAUAUAUGCCGUAGGCAGUACAGCCUGGUUUUUGUGCAGUCUGGGCAGGAGCUAUGCUGUAGGAUAGUCACUCAAGGUUUUGCCGUCACAUAAGUGGACAGUGUAGUUCUUUACCAGAUUGCAUGAAUGCAGCUGGAUUGAGCUACAUAUGGACCCAUUUUAGUGACACCGCUCAUGUUUUAUUGCACAUAUUACACUUAAGCACUUAACUAAAUUAAAUGUUAAGUUUUUGUCUGUUUCUUCUAAAUCAAAAAGCACAUUUCAUGCCAACUUCAUUUUACUGUGUUUUUUUUAAAUGUUGUUUCUCAACGUCCGAUUUACUGUGUACUUUUUAUUGUGCUGCCUUCAGCCCUUCUCUUGUUGAUAUAUUCCUGAAAAGUGUGCAAAAUAAAAUUACAGUUAAUUAUU